CGGAAGGUGGUUUACUUUGCUGGCGUUCAACUUCCUACUUUUUAACAUGACGUUAUUUGUUAAACUUAAAACACGUGGACUAAUCGUGGUUUUUAUGGUGAUGACGAUAUGUAGAUUUUCAAGUUCUCCUCCUCUACAGAAGAGGUCCAGCAAUUGCCGGUGUUCUCUGUCUUGUGCUGAAUUACCUGAGAUUUCAAAAAACGACCGCAUUGAAGUUCAUGUGCAAGAUCAAUCAAGAGUAAUUUAUAAUAAAGAACAAGAAGUCUCUAGUUUAUUUAAUGAAGGACAUUGUUCUGUGGUCGUGCCAGAAUGUUUACAAGAGGACAAAAAGUUCGAACUUAGAAUAUAUGGUCAGAGGAAACAGCCAAUCUAUGAAAAAAUGGAUUUAAAGCCUGUGUGUAAAACAGAGGAACCACCAGAAAAGAACAACAAGCUGACAGACGGAGAGGAUAAACCUGAUCCCGUCCCGUCAGAGAUCAAAGUCUCCAGUGGAGCUGAGAGGAUCUCCUUCAACACGUUCCUAAACCUGCUGAUCAUGGUCUUUUUUUUUUUCCUUUUUCCUGCCAAAGAAUUGGUGCCUUUUUUUGACAUCGAACGCACUACUCUACACUGGAAUGAAAUUAUUGUUUUAGACCAGACCAAGAGAUGACUCACUACAAAAAAAAAA